CCUUCACAACCGCAGGAAUGUCGUGGCAAGCAUACGUCGACCAGAGCCUGAUCGGCACUGGCAACAUUGACAAGGCCGCCAUCUUCAACAGCGAAGGCAACAGCGUCUGGGCCACUUCUGCCGGCUUUACUGUCUCGCCCCAAGAGAUGAACGAGGUUGUCACCGCAUUCAAGGACACUUCCGAUGUCAAGAAGGUCCAGAGCACCGGUCUCCACAUUGCCGGUGAGAAGUUCAUUGUUCUCAAGGCUGACGACAGAAGCUUGUACGGCAAGAAGGGCAAGGAGGGUAUUGUCAUUGUCAAGACCAAGCAGGCUCUUCUCGUCACCCACUACCCCGAGCACGUCCAACCGGGUGUUGCUGCCAACACCGUCGAGCAACUCGCCGACUACCUGAUAAGCGUCAACUACUGAGGGGCAUGUCCAAUCUGGAUAUUUCCUGACAUCCCCCCGUCUUUCGUCUCAUCUCCUUGAUGUCGAGAUUUGAGGCUCCACCCCUUUUCUUUUCCUUGACUGUGCAGGGUGCAGAGGGAAGUUGGGUUUUCUGCCCAAUCAAAAAAACACACAACAAUACUGUUACACCAAUCCAAGACUUGUGCAUAGCGAAUAUAUCU